UAUACUCCCCGCCCUCUAUUAUCAUUUCCUUCUCCCCAAUCCUUCCAUUUCUCUUCUAUUUUCAACUCCAAUUAUGAGAGAGAUCUUGCACAUUCAAGGAGGCCAAUGCGGCAACCAAAUCGGCUCCAAGUUUUGGGAGGUCAUUUGUGAGGAGCAUGGAGUCGACCCCACCGGCAGAUACAAAGGAGACGGAGAUUCUGAUCUUCAACUGGAGCGUAUUAAUGUCUACUACAAUGAGGCUUCAGGUGGUAGGUACGUGCCCAGGGCCGUUCUCAUGGAUCUUGAACCUGGUACCAUGGACAGUAUCAGAUCCGGCCCCUAUGGCCAGAUCUUCCGUCCCGAUAACUUUGUCUUCGGACAGUCUGGUGCCGGUAAUAAUUGGGCCAAAGGUCACUACACUGAGGGAGCGGAAUUGAUCGAUGCUGUUCUCGAUGUUGUUCGCAAGGAGGCUGAGAAUUGUGACUGUUUGCAAGGUUUUCAGGUAUGUCACUCGCUUGGAGGAGGUACAGGUUCUGGCAUGGGAACUCUUCUGAUAUCUAAGAUUAGAGAGGAAUAUCCAGAUAGGAUGAUGAUGACGUUCUCUGUUUUCCCUUCACCUAAAGUCUCUGACACAGUCGUUGAGCCCUACAAUGCAACCCUCUCUGUGCACCAAUUGGUAGAGAAUGCUGAUGAAUGCAUGGUCCUUGACAAUGAAGCACUUUAUGAUAUUUGCUUCCGGACUCUGAAGCUUAGCACACCAAGCUUUGGGGACUUGAAUCACUUAAUCUCUGCAACUAUGAGUGGUGUAACUUGCUGCUUGAGGUUCCCUGGGCAGCUGAACUCCGAUCUCCGGAAGCUGGCUGUAAACCUGAUCCCAUUCCCACGUCUUCAUUUCUUCAUGGUGGGUUUUGCACCACUGACUUCACGUGGGUCCCAGCAAUACAUCUCCCUAACUGUCCCAGAGCUUACACAGCAAAUGUGGGAUUCUAAGAACAUGAUGUGUGCUGCUGAUCCCCGUCAUGGUCGGUACCUGACAGCCUCAGCCAUGUUUAGGGGUAAGAUGAGCACCAAAGAGGUGGAUGAGCAGAUGAUCAAUGUGCAGAACAAGAAUUCAUCCUACUUUGUGGAGUGGAUUCCCAACAAUGUGAAGUCUAGUGUGUGUGAUAUUCCACCUAGGGGUCUGAAGAUGGCAUCUACUUUUGUGGGUAACUCCACAUCCAUCCAAGAGAUGUUCAGAAGGGUUAGUGAGCAAUUUACUGCCAUGUUCCGCCGCAAGGCCUUCUUGCAUUGGUAUACCGGGGAAGGGAUGGAUGAGAUGGAGUUUACAGAGGCAGAGAGCAAUAUGAAUGACUUGGUGGCAGAGUAUCAGCAAUACCAGGAUGCUACUGCUGAUGAUGAGGAAGAGUAUGAGGAGGGCAUUGAGGAACAGGAUGAGAUGUAAGAAGUGUAACAAGGGCUAUCUACUAGUGCGUAUCUCAGAGCUUCAAUUGUUGAUUUUGAACUUGUGUGUUUGUUUAAGAAGAUGAUAUUGAGAUAUUGGUUGUUGUUCUAUUAAGGAUUUGAAUUAAAAAUUUGUAUUUGUUAGUUUGAUGUUA